CGAAUUUACAAACGAACAGUCGCACCGCUCUUCAAUGGCGGAUUCCAUUCAGCCGUUUUCGGCUGGAAUACGACACACGUGUCAUCGUAAAAUUCUGUAGGGUGUGCCGAGUAGCGUAGGCCCACCAAAUUUUGAAGCACAUUUCGCUAGCAAACCUGAUUCGUCAUUCGCCUCACCCUACCCCCCUUGACACUGACUGAGGACUAUCUGGGCUUCAAAUUUCGAAAUAUCAAUAGGUGGGUGCUGCCUGCAAAGCACCUGUCCGAGAUCUAUUGGCAGCAUCAAAGCCCGGGUAGCAUCAAAUACCGUGUAGCCCGAGGGUGGGCGGGCCGCCUUAAGAGUGGUUAUCGACUCGGGAUGCUCGGAAUUCUCGGGCGUAACGAGGCGGACGUCGCAGCGACUGCCAUAUUCCAACGAAUAAAUCGCCAUGCUGAAUUCGAUAUUAUCCACCAGAGUUGGGAGUUUACGUCGGGAUUCAUCUAUCGCAUUACUCCACAGCUCACAAGUGCAACUGGUGGCGGAGACUUUCUCAAACCAUUCGAGAACUCGGUUUGGAUUGCGUCGUCAGUAACACUAUUGUUGAUAGUAACCGCACUGAAACUGUUUGGAAAGUUGAUUCACAAAACUUAUGAAAACGAACCGGAUAUGUCGUGGAUGGCGUACAUCUUGGACGUGGUUGGUAGCAUAUCGCAACAGGGUAUUCCCGGCCGAAUUUCUGCUAGAUUGUCCAUGAAACUUGUUCUGUCCUCACUGCUCAUGCUGGUUGUGGUUUUGUAUAACUAUUACACCUCUGCAGUUGUGGGUGGUCUGCUCAGCUCUCCUGGAAGGGGACCAGAAUCCGUUCGGGAGAUUAUCGAUAGUCCGCUGGUUGUAUCGUUCCGUGAUAUCGGGUAUCAUAAAAUACUUUUUAGAGAAACACAAGUACCCAUCAUACAAGAACUGUACGACAAAAAGGUAAAACCGCCACGCGAUGGAAAUGACAUUCUUCCAGUUUAUUCGGAUGUGGUCACAGCCGUUCCGUUUCUCAAACAUGGUGGUUAUGCAUUCCACUGCGAAAUGACGGAAGCAUUUCAGGAAAUUGCCUACGAGUUCGAUGCAAAUGAAAUCUGUGAACUGCGAACAGCAAAAGGAUUGUUCAACGAUUUGCGACUGAUGAGCUUUGUUCUGCCAAAGCGUAGCAUGUAUACUGAAAUGUUUCGAAUGACAAUGAUGCGUAUUCAAGAGGUUGGAUUAAUCAAACGAACCCUAAAGAUUUACAGAAUUGAAAAACCGAUAUGUCAAUCGGGUGGAAGAGUUAACCCGGUGGAGUUUUUUGGAGUUUCUACUGCUUUCUCUAUUUUAUUUGCUGGAAUGGUGUUGGCUCUGAUAUUGGCAAUUGCCGAACGACUGAGCAGUAGGAAAUCGAAAACACAAGCAGACAACAGUCCAAUAUUCAAACACAAAACUCGAUGAACUAGUUAUUAAGGAUUGCUCUUGAUGUGGAUAGAAAAAUAAUAAAUGA